GUGCAAUCUCAGAUAGAUAUGUAGCAUCAGAGAUCUCAAGAAUUCAAUUCCACUCAUUCACCUUAUGAUUUAGCACAAAUAAUAUUUGGAUAACUCUGUUUACUACUUCUGCUCAGUAAUGUCCGAUCUAGAAUGUUAUUCCAGCUGUCUUGUUUAUCUGGAUUUGUCGCCUCCCUCUCCAUCUCUGCUGUGUUCCGUAUCUGGCUGGGAAAACAACAAUAGGGUCUGUUUAUCGCCAUUAUCAUAUCAGAUGGAUGGCCAAAUGGUUAGCAACUUCUCUGUUAUCCCACUGUGCUUCUCUCCAAAUUCCUCUUCUAUUGUGCCCAACUUCUAUUGCAAGCUGCUACACUUUUCUCCAGCUUCACUCAACAGACCUACACCAAUCUUUAAUCCCACAUCUUAGCACCUAUUCACCGUUACAAGUAUAUUUUUUCAGGCCUAUUAUCUCAUGUUCAUCCAAUCUUUACUCACUCGUUACUCACUCUUUGGGAAAAAAUCUUUGAUUGAUCUUCCAACUCCAUUCUAACUGG